UGUCGGUAUGUAGGAGGGUAGGUACGAGGUACGGUGUACGUGGUACAUAUAAUUACAGCAUUCAAUUUUUAAAUUUAAAUGCCCAUCAAACACUACCUAGUACCUAGUACAUAUGUACCAUGUAUGUAUGUAGCAUUGAUACUUAACACUUAAACAAAGAUGUAUACAACAUCCCACUUCCAAACAUACCUUAUAAACAGGUAGCACAUUAGUCCUUACCAUGUCCGAUUGGAAGAACAGUCUCAAGGGUGGCUGGCGCCCUGAAAAGGGAGGGCCAGGCAUUAGAGACCAAGUAAAAAGCUUCAUUGGCCGAGGAGACGACUCGUCGACUCAAUCUUCCAGCGAACACACCGCAGCUCCACUAUCCUCGCUACGUGAUCCCUCCUCCUUCGGUCCCCCUCCGAAGCGUAUUGGUGCCCGAAGUCCAGCUCCACCACCGCCUUUGCCCUCCUCGACAAAGCCCAAUGGACCGCCGCCCUCUCUACCCCCUCGACUACCUCCACGAAGCAGCACCGCAUCCCCCGCCCUAAGCCCUGUUUCUACCCCCGGGGGCACCCAGUCUCCCAGCUACUUCAACCAAGGGGCCAUCAGCCGCCUCGGCGCCGCAGGAGUCUCCGUGCCAGGCUUUGGGAUCGGUGGAAAAUCCGCCGCCCCUCCACCUCCGCCACCUGCCCGCUCCCCUACAGCCACAUCCGCAUCCACCCCUACGGGAGGAGAAUCAUCGGCAAAGUCGUACAGCGGCCACCUCAGCGAUCUACAGGGCCGUUUCUCACGGUUCAGCACGAGCGCUUCUGGUCGCAAAGAGCCGGUAGCUGCACCAGCCGCACCGAGCCAGGGUACUACGUGGGCCGAGAAGCAGGCGGCGUUGAAGACAGCAGCCGCCUUCAAGAAGGAUCCGACGUCCGUUUCGUUCGCAGAUGCCAAGAUCGCCGCAGGAACAGCACAUAACUUCCACCAGAGACAUGGGGACCAAGUGGCAUCAGGAAUGAAGACAGCAAACGGACUCAGUCAGCGAUUCGGUGUGAAUGAAAAGGUGUUUGGGAAUAAUGGUGGGCAAGCCGGACAAGGAUCGUCGUCUCCUAUGUCAGCAUUGGGGCAAAUUUCAGGGGUCAUCGCGAAGAAGAAACCGCCACCUCCGCCGCCGAGUAAGAAGCCCCAGUUAUUCGGAGCCCGCAGCGAAGGGGCCGCUCCUCCUCCCGUGCCGUCGUCUACGAGACCCAAAUUUUGAUAACCUAAGGCAUGAAUUCACCAACAAUUUCUUAGUGUGCGAAAAGGCAAUUCACUCGGAAGAAAAAAAAUCACCAAUUAGGUUUCAUGUAAAAUAUUCGCAAAACUUUUGGUACUCGCAAUGCAUUAUCAUUU